AUAACAAAGUACAGAUAACCGGGACAAUGGGGCUGUGUGCUCCAGACCGUGGGAGCCCGGGGCCACCGCAGGGAGGCCGAGGGAGGAAGCCACAGGGCAGGGCAGGGCCGGGCUUUGCAGGGGGCAGCGCUGUCCCAGGGUGAGGGGUACGAGGGCGGGAUUCCAAAACCCUAGCGUGCGCCCGAUGAUCAGCUGGGGCCGCAGAGGUGGGCCUCGCACUGGAGGCCUCGGCUCGCUGUUACUGCGAGCUGGGAAAGCCGAGGCUGGGCGGGGGUCCGGGCGGUGGGAGCCAAGUCGGAUCAGGGAGUGGCUUGUAACUCGGCGGCCGAUUGGACACGAAGAAGAGAGCGGGGUGGGGCUGGGAGGGUUAGGGGUCCGGAGCGGGGGCGCGGACCCAAGACCACCUGGAGCUCCGUCCGGGCAGCGCGGGGUCACGGAGGGAAUUUUCGGGUCGCCGAGUGACUCAGCCCCGCAGGCUCGAAACUGCGGGCGCGUGAGUCGCCGGGCCAUGGGCCUCGGGCCCGCCCCGAACCCCCGCGAGCCCGCCUUGUCUGCGGCGUGACGGGAGGCCCAGUCUGGAGACGCCUGGAGGCCCGGCCAGCCGUCCCUUCCCCAACCGCUGUCUUUGUCCCGGAGACCGCCAGUGUCCUCCGUCCCACCCGGAACAGCCUAUUGCCCCGCCCGCUUGGGAAGCACUCGCGCCCAAAUCCCGCCGACCAACUUCUGGGGCCGCCUCUCUGUCCACUCCGAUCACCUCCACGCCUCGGCAUCGCCCCCUCGCAGGGUUCUAGUCUUAUUGGUAGGUAAGAAACAGCUGCUCCUCCACCCCCACCCUAGCCCCAUGGAGCAUGCUUUUUCCAGGCCACCGUGGUCGUCACCACUGCCACUUUGCUCUGAGAUGGUCACCAUGAGCCAGUGCUACUACAACGAGACCAUCGGCUUCUUCUAUAACAACAGUGGCAAAGAGCUCAGCUCCCACUGGCGGCCCAAGGAUGUGGUCGUGGUGGCACUGGGGCUGACCGUCAGCGUGCUGGUGCUGCUGACCAAUCUGCUGGUCAUAGCAGCCAUCGCCUCCAACCGCCGCUUCCACCAGCCCAUCUACUACCUGCUCGGCAACCUGGCCGCAGCUGACCUCUUCGCGGGCGUGGCCUACCUCUUCCUCAUGUUCCACACUGGUCCGCGCACAGCUCGACUUUCACUUGAGGGCUGGUUCCUGCGGCAGGGCUUGCUGGACACAAGCCUCACUGCGUCGGUGGCCACACUGCUGGCCAUCGCCGUGGAGCGGCACCGCAGUGUGAUGGCCGUGCAGCUGCACAGCCGCCUGCCCCGUGGCCGUGUGGUCAUGCUCAUUGUGGGCGUGUGGGUGGCUGCCCUAGGCCUGGGGCUGCUGCCUGCCCACUCCUGGCACUGCCUCUGUGCCCUGGACCGCUGCUCACGCAUGGCACCCCUGCUCAGCCGCUCCUAUUUGGCCGUCUGGGCUCUGUCGAGCCUGCUUGUCUUCCUGCUCAUGGUGGCCGUCUACACCCGCAUUUUUUUCUACGUGCGGCGGCGAGUGCAGCGCAUGGCAGAGCACGUCAGCUGCCACCCCCGCUACCGAGAGACCACGCUCAGCCUGGUCAAGACUGUUGUCAUCAUCCUGGGGGCGUUCGUGGUCUGCUGGACACCAGGCCAGGUGAUACUGCUGCUGGAUGGUUUAGGCUGUGAGUCCUGCAAUGUCCUGGCUGUAGAAAAGUACUUCCUACUGUUGGCCGAGGCCAACUCACUGGUCAAUGCUGCUGUGUACUCUUGCCGAGAUGCUGAGAUGCGCCGCACCUUCCGCCGCCUCCUCUGCUGUGCGUGCCUCCGCCAGUCCACCCGCGAGUCUGUCCACUAUACAUCCUCUGCCCAGGGAGGUGCCAGCACUCGCAUCAUGCUUCCCGAGAACGGCCACCCACUGAUGGACUCCACCCUUUAGCUACCUUGAACUUCAGCGGUAUGCGGCAAGCAACAAAUCCACAGCCCCUGAUGACUUGUGGGUGCUCCUGGCUCAACCCAACCAGCGGGACUGACUGACUGGCAGGCCAAGGUCUGGCACAGCACAGCACCACUGCCAGGCCUCCCCAGGCACACCACUCUGCCCAGGGAAUGGGGGCUUCGGGUCAUCUCCCACUGCCUGGGGGAGUCAGAUGGGGUGCAGGAAUCUGGCUCUUCAGCCAUCUCAGGUUUAGGGGGUUUAUAACAGACAUUUUUCUGUUUUCACUGCGUAUGCUUGGUAAGCCCUGUGGACUGGUUCCUGCUGUGUGAUGCUGAGGGUUUUAAGGUGGGGAGAGAUAAGGGCUCUCUCGGGCCAUGCUACCCGGUGUGACUGGGUAAUGAGGACAGACUGUGGACGCCCCAUCUGCCUGAGGCUGAUUCUUUAGCAGCAGAGACUGAGGGGUGCAGAGUGUGAGCUGGGAAAGGUUUGUGGCUCCUUGCAGCCUCCAGGGGCUGGCCUGUCCCUGAUAGAAUUGAAGCAGUCCACGGGGAGGGGAUGAUACAAGGAGUAAACCUUUCUUUUCACUC